AUGAGCGGUGUCCAAAUUGCAGCAUUAAAAGAUACAGACUUGUUCAAGUCUUUAAAAGUCGGUGAACAUACAUUAUCAAACAAAGUGGUUUAUCCACCAACUACCAGAUUCAGAGCAUUAAAUGACCACACACCAUCAGAUUUGGAAUUGGAGUAUUAUGAUAAAAGAUCGAAGUACCCCGGAUCAUUGUUAAUUACCGAAGCAACUUUUGUCUCUGAACAAGCAGGUUUAUACGACAAUAUACCAGGCAUUUGGAAUGAUAAGCAUGCCCAAGCGUGGAAGGAAAUCACUGACAGGGUCCAUGAAAAUGGUUCUUUCAUGUCAAGUCAGUUUUGGUUUUUAGGAAGAGUUGGUGAUCCACAAUUAUUAAAAGAUCAAGGUUUAGAUUAUGUUGCACCAUCAGCCAUAUAUCCAGAUGAAGAUCAUAAAAAGAAAGCAGAAGCUGCAGGUAACCCAAUUAGAGCUUUGACAGAAAAAGAAAUUCAUGAUAUUAUUUAUGAUACUUAUACUAAUGCAGCUAAAAAUGCUAUUGCAGCUGGUUUCGACUAUAUUGAACUCCAUGGAGCUCACGGGUAUUUGCUUGACCAAUUUUUGCAGCCGGCUACCAAUCAAAGAACUGAUAAGUACGGUGGUAGUAUCGAAAACAGAGCCAGAUUUGUCUUAGAAUUAAUUGACCAUUUGACGACCGUUGUUGGUGCUAACAAAUUAGCUAUUAGAAUUUCUCCAUGGGCCACCUUUCAAGGUAUGAAGGCGGACAAAGACUCGACUCAUGCUGUAACCACAUUCAGUUAUUUAUUACACGAAUUGCAAAAGAGAGCAGAUAAUGGGAACGAACUUGCAUACGUAUCUAUUGUUGAACCUCGUGUCCUGGGCAUUUUAGAUGUUGAAGUAUCUCAGCAGGUCGGUGAUAAUACCUUCGUUGGGCAAAUUUGGAAGGGAAUUAUCUUGAAGAGUGGUAAUUAUACUUAUGAUGCUCCAAAUUUCAAGACAUUGUUAAAUGAUAUCAGUGAUAACCGUACUAUGGUAGGUUUCGC